UAAAAAUUGGGUUUUAGCGUCAUUAAAUCCAAUAUAUUCUCAAAUUUCACUUGAAACUUGGUACUUUACUCCUAAUAAUACAAAUGUUUCUGAAAGCUCAAGAUUAGAAGAUAGUAAAACUUUUCAUACUAUUGAAACUCAUAAUAAAAGUGGUAUUGCAUUGCACAGAUCUAAUCAUGGAAUUAUAUCAAGAACAAAAAAAUCUAUCAAAAAAACUACCCAAAAAGUAUCUAAAAAAAGACCAUCUGAUGAAAAAUCUAAUUCAAAACCCAAAGUAUCAGCAAAAAAAUCUCGAACAGCAUCUAAAAAUCAAGAUUCUUCACCAAAUAUAGAUGAUGAUGAUUUGGAUAAAAUGGAACGUCGAAUUGCAUUACAAGAAAGAGAAAUGACUUUAAAAGAAC